AUGGGCGUCACCGACCUUCUGAAGUCCAAGGGUGGCGCGGUCGUCGAACGUGCUGCGGGGACCAACAGGGGGGCUGCUGCUGCUGGUGGACCACCCCCUGCGACCUCGGGGGUGGAAGCUGGUAAAGGCAAGGCCAGGGUCGAGGACGCCCCGCCAAUCACCACCUCCACCACCACCGCCAUCACCACCGUGAUUGUGCCCGCGUCAGGCAACACCGCCGCGGUCGCGCCAGGACAGCCUAGACGCAGCUCUAUCGCCCCUGCCAUCCCCCCCUCUGCAGAUGUGAAGGCGAAGAAUCAGGGCCGCAGUGGUUGUAAGCCUCCUGCAGCUGCGUACUACCACAUUUUCAAGGCCUACCACGACCUCUCCCGCCGCGGGUCCCCGAUCAGCAACGCGAUAGCUUGGGCAGCCACGGUGGGGAAGGAGGCUGCAGAUGAGGAGCGCGAUGUCACCGGCGCCCAAGCGGGCCUGUUCGCUGGUGCGGUCGCGUGCGCCAUCGCGAUGGUGUGGGAGACCAGCAACGGUCUCGAACUCGAGGCUAUCGCUAAUGCUGGAUACUCCACGGCGCAGCUUGCUGGCACGCCUGAAGAAACGGCCUGCGGUUACGCCACGAUCGUGACUGCGGUUUUCAAGUGGGCCAGGAAGGAGAAUGAUCGCAAGCAAGCCCCUGAGGUCACACCGAAGCAGAUUGCGGAGAAGAUUGAGACCGCGGUCGUGAACCGUCUUGGUGUGCGACUUGGAGACCCCACUUUAGUCGCUAUGGUCACGCACGAGGCAGUAGACGUGCUGAUGACCUGGUGCGACUGCAAGAUCGCGGCCAAGGUGAUGGAGGCCAACGGGCUCUACCUCUCUUUGCCGGAGAAGCGGCUGUUUGCGAAGAAGUGGUCCGCGUGA